AUGACGGAGCUGCUUCAAAGCGUAACGGCGCACCCCUACGUGGCCUGUGCAGCGGCGGUGCUGCUGUACUGCCUGUGUGGCGCCGUCUACCGCCUCUACCUGUCGCCGCUGGCCAGCUUCCCCGGACCCAAGCUGGCGGCGCUGACGCUUUGGUACGAGUACUACUACGACGGCAUCAAAGGCGGCCAAUACACUUUUAAGCUGAAGGAGCUGCACGAGCAAUAUGGCCCCAUCAUCCGCAUCUCGCCGCACGAGCUGCACGUCAACGACCCGGCCUUCAUCGACACGCUGUACGCGGCGGGCGGCAAGGCGAAGCGCAACAAGUACGUCUUCUACACGAAGCAGUUCGGGCUGGCGCAGGCGGGCUUCGGGUCGGUUUCGCACGACCUGCACCGGCUGCGGCGCACGCCCUUCAACCGCUUCUUCUCGCGCCAGAGCGUGCAGCGCCUCGAGCCCGCCGUGCGCCGCGUCGUCGACAAGCUGUGCGCCCAGCUUGACCGCAACUUCGCCGGCACCGGCUGCCCCGUCAACCUGACCGACGCCUUUGGCUGCAUGGCCACCGACGUCGUCUCGCGCUACGCCUUCGGCUACAGCUACGACUUCCUCGAGUCCGACACCUUCUUGCCGAACCUGACCAAGGGCAUCGAUGCCGGCAUGGCCUUGGGCGCCACCGUGAAGCAGUUCCCGUGGUUGUUGUCGUUUUUGCAUUCCCUUCCUGAGGCCUGGACGCGCAGUUUGAUGCCCGAUAUGGCACCCUAUCUCGACUUCCAGCGGAGCAUGAUGAAGGCCAUUGAUCGGGUGCAUAAAGAGGAGGAAGAAAGAGCGGGCAAGGAGAAAGACGCGGAUGCCGAGACCACCAUCUUCCACGAGAUUUUGCGCGGUGACCUUCCCGAGGAGGAGAAACAGACGGCGCGGUUAUGGCAGGAGGGCCAAGCCGUCAUAGGAGCUGGAACCGAGACCGUAAACUGGGCCAUCUGCGUGACCUUGUACUACCUCCUCUCGCAGCCGCCCACACUCGCCAAGCUGCAGGCCGAGCUGGCGCAAGCCAUCCCCGACCCGGCCAGCAUCCCUGCCUGGCACGCGCUCGAGCAGCUGCCCUACCUGUCGGCCACCAUCGCCGAGGGUCUGCGCCUGUCGUACGGCUUGGCCACGCGCCUGGCCCGCAUCUCGCCCGACGAGCCCAUGCGCUUCUGCAGCAGCUCCUCCUCCGGCGACGUCGACGUGCUCAUCCCCGCCGGCGUGCCCGUCGGCAUGACGGCCGUGCACAUCCACCACGACGAGCGCAUCUUCCCGGAGAGUACGAAGUUUCAGCCCGAGAGGUGGUUGGAUGCUGAGGGGAGGCGGAGGCACGAUUUGGAUGGGUAUUUGUUGAGUUUUUCGAAGGGGAGUCGGCAGUGUUUGGGGAUGAAUCUUGCGUAUGCCGAGAUGCACAUUGCUCUCGCGACGGUGCUUCGGCGCUUUGGUGAUCGGAUGGAGCUAUUCGAGACUGGCAUCGAUGAUGUGAGGGUGCAGCGGGACUUCUUCAUCCCGAAGACGAAGGUGGGUUCGAAGGGUAUUCGCGUUCUAAUCAAGAGCAAGGCAUAA